CGACAGACGGCGUAAGGCGGCGGGCUCCUGGAGGGCGGAGGGGCGGGGCGCCGGGACUGCUGGCGGGGCGCGGCCCUGCUGCGAAGGUCGCCGGGUCCAGCGCCCCCACCCUCCGGAGCUGAGAGGCUCUAGGAGGCAGCGGCAGCGGUCGGGAGGGCGCAGGCCCUUAUGAUGCCCAGGGGCGAGCUGUCCUGAGUCACCGGUCAAGCCACCUGCCUGUCCCACACAACCCCCAGCCACCAGCAUCACCACCAUGGAGUCCAGGGCAAAGUCGGCCAGCAGUCCCAAGCCAGACACCAAGGUGCCUCAGGCCACCACUGAGGCCAAGGCCGCUCCAGCUGCUGAUGGAAAAGCCCUCUUGACCAAGACCGGGAAGAAGGAGGCCCAAGCCGAGAAGCAGGAGCAGCCGGCAGCCCCUGCUUCUGCCAAGAAGGCCCCAGCCAAGGCUGAUCCUGUCCUUCUCAACAACCACAGCAACCUGAAGCCGGCCUCCACAGCUCCUGCUGUCCCUAGCAGUCCUGAUGCAACCCCAGAGCCCAAGGGUCCUGGGGAUGGGGCGGAGGAGGACGAGUCCACCACCAGGGGCUCAGGGGGCCAAGAUCCUUGGCCCUGUGAGAACUUCACACCCCUGCUGGUGGUUGGGGGGGUGGCUGUGGCAGCAGUGGCCCUAAUUCUUGGUGUGGCCUUCCUGGCCCGGAAAAAAUGAUUCCUUGAUGCUCAGUGUCCAGGGGUUCACAGAGCCACUUCCUGUACAGACCUGGGAGCUAGUGCAUGCGACUUUACAGUACCUAUCUAUAUCUACACACGUACAUCCUAUACAUAUAUGUACACCCCCUCCCCCAUGUACACAGCGGGAGAGACUUGACAGUGAGCUACCUCUGCUGACCCCAGCACAGUCCCCUCCAAGCUCUAGGGCAGGAUCUUGGGCUCUGGGGCUUAGCAGGCAGGGCAGAGGGCCCAGCCUGGGCAGCCCAGGCAGCAGGGAUAGGGAGGAAGGAAGGAACAGACCCCAUGUGUGGCUGCCUGCUGGUCUUCACAGGACCCUGUGGGUCCCUAAAGGGUGUGGUAGUUCAUAUCCCCAAUCCUGCUCUGGGCCUCAUGCAGGAGUACUGCCCUGAGGUGAACAGUCCAUCUGCAGAGCCACCUCUGCCUACUGCCUGUGCUGUGGCUGGGGGGAAAGACAGCUUGGGGACUGGUCUUGCCAAGGCUCCUGAAGUUCCCCUUUUCCAGCUUAUGUCCCAGUGGAGCCCCUGCGACUAGGAGCGUGCCACACUUCCUGGGGAAUGCUGAAAGCCUGGUAGGGAGGCAGGGGUCCAAGGAGGAUCUCUCCCUGUCAUGCCUGCCAACACCCCCAGCUGACCACCCCUCCUGCCUGCGCCCAGUGUCCCUAUCCAACAAGCGUAUAAAUGCAAUAACAGGUAGAGUAGAACUGCUUGGUGGGUGGCCGUUGCCCACUGCCCACUGCCUGCAGGGAGACCGCUGCACAGCCGUCUUUCCCAUGCCUGGCCCUGGCCUGCCCCUGGCAUAGUGGCGGCAGGUAGGCGUUCCAAAGUGGCAGUGGCCACUGCGGGAAUCAUGUAGACACUCGGCCAGUGCCACAGGAGCCCUGGGCCUGGGAGGAGGCUGAGUCUGAAAUAAACUCUUACUGUCUACAGGC